UUGACCAUCUGCCUAUCAUCUCAAAGUUUCCAGAGCAGGUUGGAAUGGAUGCACUGGCUAAAUCUGGGAAAAUCUACCUGUGCCUGGGUCUGGGGUAGAGGAAAGUAGGAAGGUUGUCAGGGAAAGUUUGAUCUUCUCCCUGGGUGCAUCUUUUCUUGUCAGGUCAUGCAUAUUUUGGGGCUUGAAAGAACCAUAUGAAGAAAACUAGAGAAGGUGUAUGGUCAUUGGAAGACUUUUUCCAGGCCACAUCUUCCUUUUUUUCUCAUGGCUCCCAAUGGUUUAGACUCUUGGCUUUGUAACUGAAGGUUGGUAAAUUCUUACUGAGUAACUUGAGACCUUCAUGAAAGACUAUCAUGAAAACCCAUAUGGUACAAUCACUGGGACGCAUCCAAGGCUCUAAAUUUGGACACAUCUAGCCACGUAUUUGAGUUUCUUCUUCCUAGAAUCACCCCAGAGUCACCCACUCCAUGAGGGAAGAUGAUCCAACACCAUGCCUGGCUCUCUGUGCAUGAUUUGUGUCAUGUAAUAAGGGCCUUUGGGAUCCACCAGUAUAACCCCAAACAACAAAUAUAGGUUUGGAAAAUUUGGUGUGAGAGCAGGCACAUGGAGAAAAAGCUUACACCUUGGUAAAAGUAAAGCACUCCUCCAAUUAUAGGGCAAUAUUUCUGUCUCUUUAAAGCCAAAUAGUUCCUUCACUAGCUCCAACCAAUCUGAGCUUCCUGCCUCAGAGGUUUAAAGGGGGAAACACAUUUUCCUCACAGUGAAAGCAAAAGGAGCAGCUCAAACAGGUUCUUUGGAGAACAAUGGGGAACUCAGCUCCUUCAAAAGAAGAGACCACUGGUAGUGACAUGGCAGACCCUAAGGACAACACUCUGAGGAUUAUUCUGGUGGGGAAAACUGGAAGUGGGAAGAGCGCAACGGCCAACACCAUCCUGGGGAGUAGAGUCUUUGAGUCUAGAGUUGCUCCCCAUGUUGUCUUCUCCAGAUGUCAAAAAGCAUCCAAGGAAUGGAAGGGGAGGAAACUUGUUGUUGUUGACACCCCAGGGCUCUUUGACACCAAGGAGACCCUGUAUACCACACGCGGGGAAUUCAGCCAGUGUGUCCUCUAUUCCUGUCCUGGGCCUCACGCCAUCAUCUUGGUCCUCCAGCUGGGCCGCUACACGGAGGAAGAGCAGAAGACCGUGGCAUUGAUCAAGACUGUCUUUGGGAAGCCAGCCUUGAAGCACAUGAUCGUGUUGCUAACUCGCAAAGAUCACUUAGAGGAGAAGAGCCUGAGUGACUUCUUGGCAGAUUCAGAUGUGAAGCUAAGAAACAUCAUCAGCGAGUGUGGGAACCGCUACUGUGCCUUCAACAACAGAGCCUCAGGGGCGGAGAGGGAAGCUCAGGUGCAGGAGCUGGUGGAGCUGAUAGAGGAGAUGGUGCAGAGCAACGGAGGGGCUUACUUUACCGAUGCCAUUUAUGAGGGCACAGAGAAGAGGCUGAAGCAACGGGAAGAAGACCUGAAGAAGAUCUACACUGAUCAAUUAAAUAAUGAAAUUAAACUAGUAGAAAAGGAAUAUGCUCAUAAGUCACAGGUAGAACGGGAGGAAAAAAUAAAAUUGCUAAAGAUGAAGUAUGCUGAAAAAAUAAAAAAUAUCAGGGAAGAAGCUGAGAAAGGAUUAUUUAGAGAUGGUUCAAAUGGGAUUAUGAGCGUGCUUUCAAAAAUAUGGCAUAUGUUUUGGUAGUAAAGACCAUUUCGUUUUUUCUUCUGAAUUUAUGAUGAUUUGCGAUAGUGGUAGAUUGUAGUUUCCAUAGAUAGCUGUGACAGUAGCUUCUACUUAUUCUUCCUAUAAUCUGACCCUGUUACUCCUGCCACUGACUUGCGGGGCCUGUGUCCUCUACCUUGGAACUGGGCAGAUCUGGGACCGUUUCAAUUAAUAGCAGAUGGUUGAAGCAACACCUUGUGACUCUAAGGUUACAUAUGGGCAAUGCUUCCUUGCCCUGUUGGAGUUCUUGCCCUUGGAACGUGACUGUCAUGUUGUGAGAAAGCCCAGGCUGCCUCUUGAGAGGCCCCCAUGCAGAGGGCCUGAAGUCACUGGCCCACUUCCCAGCUCACCUUUCAUUUGUGACUCAGACCAACUUGCCCACCAUGCAAAUGAGGCAACACAGAAGCUGGCCCUCCAGAUUCCCCGCCAUCUCAGGCCAAGUUGCAGAAAGCAAAGAUGAUCCUUUCCCACUGAGUCCUGACCAAAUUGCAGCUUUAAGAGAACAAACAAAUGAUGGUUUUUGUUUUUAA